AUGAGUGCACCUAUAUCAAAUGAUUCCGAUUCAAUUUCUUCGGUCCCUUCGCAUGAGACGUCAGCAUCUACACGUGUUGAAUGUCGUAGGGGCCGUGGACGUAUGGGCCGUCCUCGAUUGCGGGAGCGACUUCCUGUUGUGACGCCUGAUGUUGCAUCCUCUCAAUGGUGUUCUUACGUUGGUAGUUCUAGCAGAAGUGUGGUACGCUAUAUGCGUAUGUCAAAUGAAAAUGUGCAACCUUCUCCGAUCCCUUCAGUUUCGGAUUCAUUUGCGGUUAUACGUACCACUCAGGAAAAUAUAUCUUCUAAUGCAACGACUGAAGUAGGGCGUAGACGGACGGGCCAAAUGGGUCGUCCUCGAUUACGUGAUCGCCCUUCUGAUUUAACAAGUGAGGCUACAAGUACUCAAAGACGUUACAAUGUUGAUCGUAUCAACAGAGGUGUUGUGCAUUAUACCAGUAGAACAAAUGGAGCUGCGCAAUCUUCAUUAGGUUCAACGGUUUCACAAACAUCUGGAUGUCUACAUUCGAAUCAAGUUGAAGUACCUUCCCGUGCAAGUGUCUUUCAAGACGAAAAUAGAUAUUGGCGAUGUCCGUCGUAUUGGGAUAUCGGUGAUGCAAACCAUAGUUGUGUUCAUUGUGGAGCUAUGCUUUGGUAUGAGGAACGAACUAUAAAAAGUUUAACUCCUCGUGUUCCAAGUUUUUCAUUAUGUUGUAGUGAAGGAAAGGUUUGCUUGCCAUUUCUUCGACAUCCUCCUCAAACAUUGGGUCGUCUUCUUGAUUACAAUGGGGAAACACGAUCUCGCGUGUUUAGAGAAAACAUAAAGCUUUUAAAUGCGAUGUUUGCAUUUACCUCAACCGGUGGGAGAAUAUCUACGGAUUUAAAUGAUGGUCGUGGGCCUUAUACAUUCCGUUUGAAUGGCCACAACCAUCAUAAUAUUGGAUCAUUGUUGCCUAUGCAUCCUGAUGGACGCCCUAGAUUUGCUCAAUUGUACGUUUAUGACACGGAAAAUGAGAUUGAUAAUCGCUUUUAUGCUUUGCGAAAUUGUGUGUCACCAACGUUUGAUCAAGUCAUCCUGCGCACAUUAGUGAAUGACUUGCUGUUGAUGCUUGAUGCGAACAAUGCAUUAGUGCAGGCUUUUAGGAUGGCACGUGAAAGGUUUAAUGACAACUCAAUGCAACGUCUUACGCUUCGCUUGCUUGGUACGCGAAAUAGAAGAGAAGGACAAUAUUCUUUGCCUACUGUUCCUGAAGUGGCUGCACUGAUUCCAGGUGAUGGAAAUCCUACGGACUCACGUGAUAUUAUUAUUGAAGAACGUGGUAGUCGUAGUGCAAAGCGUAUAUCUGAAUUGCACCCAAGUUUUAUGGCGUUGCAGUAUCCUUUGUUGUUUCCGUAUGGAGAAGAUGGAUUCCAUCUUAAUAUUCCUCUAUGUAAUAUAUCUCCAUCAAGUAGGCGGCAAUCGGUUUCAUUAAGAGAAUAUUAUUCUUACCGUUUACAACUUAGGAGGAAUGAAGGUAAGACAUUACCCAAAUCUGGCCGUUUAUUUCAGACGUAUGUUGUGGACUGUUAUUCAGCUAUCCUUGAACAUGAGAUGAAUUGGUAUAAACAAAACCAAAACACUAUUCGUUCGGAUUUGUAUAAUGGUUUAUGUGAUCGUAUCGCUGAUGGUGAAACAAGUUGUGAAGCAGUUGGUCGACGUGUUAUCCUGCCAGCUACAUUUGCCGGUGGGCCAAGACAUAUGAUUCAACAGUAUCAGGAUGCAAUGGCUAUUUGUCGUUGGGCUGGGGCUCCGGACCUUUUUAUUACUAUGACAUGCAAUUCAAAAUGGCCGGAAAUUACCCGACACAUUCAAGCAACAACCCCUGGUAUGAGUGCGUCCGACCGCCCUGACAUUGUUGCCCGUGUUUUCAAAAUUAAACUUGAUGAACUUAUCAAAGACAUAAGGAAAAGGAAUAUUUUUGGACACACGAAAGCAGUUAUCUAUACAAUCGAGUUUCAGAAACGAGGACUUCCACACUCUCAUAUUCUGCUUUUUUUACAACCUGAAGAUAAGAUAAAUACGGUUGACAAUAUCGAUAAAUAUAUAUCUGCGGAGCUUCCUUCGGAGGUGGAAGACCCUAUAGCUUUCGCUAUUGUUCGUUCACAAAUGAUGCAUGGUCCAUGUGGUUUGCUCAACCCUUCAAGCCCUUGUAUGCAUAAUGGUGUAUGUAGUAAAGGGUACCCAAAGAAUUAUUGUGAGGAGACAUUCAUCCGAAAUGAUGGUUGGCCGUGUUAUAAGAGGCCCAAUAAUUCAAGAGUUGUUAAAGUUGGUUCUCAAGAUAUUAAGCUUGAUAAUCGGUAUGUUGUUCCGUAUAACCGUGAAUUGUUGGUGAAAUAUGGUUGUCACAUUAAUGUGGAGUGGUGCAACCAAGGGAUGUUAGUCAAGUAUCUUUUACUUAUAUAA